AGGAGGCGUGGUUACUUUCUCGCGCGACGCGCUUAACGAGACGAUGAGGCGCGUUGAAAACGCGGUGCGGUGCACCGCGUUGGUUUCACCAGCGACGCCCUCGAGGCCUUGAUCGGGACGUGGCCAAUGUGCGGAAUGCUCAGCGAUUGGCCGACAACAUGGGCCUUCAGCAGGUCUCCUUCGCCGUGUGCGACAUCCAAAGCGCCCAAGCCUUGCAGCAGCGGCUGCGCGCAAAGGACCUGGUGGUGGGGCUGCAUCCCUGCGGAUCGCUCGGAGAGGAUUUGAUCACUGCCAUCGCUGACUCAGAUCCAGCGCUUCUGAUGGUCUCUUGCUGCAUUAUGGGGCGGCCGUGGGCGCCGGCCACUGGGACAAAGAAGAUCGGACAUUGGAAUGUGCCAAGGGUGCAAUUCCCACGGCAGCCGUUGUCCCAGUUGGGGCAAGACUUGGAGAUUUGCCUGCCGCGCAGCGCCUUGAAGAUGGCCAACCUUUGGGCCCCGGGAGCCGUCCCGGAGGAGAAGAUCGUCACCCGCCUGGCCCUGCGAUGGCUCUUGGCCGCUCGAGGCUGGCACAACGAGUCGCAGGCGCCCGACUGCACAUCCUUGACGCCAAGCAUGAGAGGAGUGACGCGCUCACAUCUCAAAGCAGGCUUCGCCUCGGUGGCACGCCGGGCGCUGGAGCUGCGAAGCCUCACGGAUGCCUCUCCGGAGGAGCUGGGCCAAGCGCUUCGAUGGGGCCAAGAGGUGUCGGUGUUGUACCGAAGGCUAGAGCUGUUGACGCCACUCAUUGGCGAGGUCGCCGAAGUGGCGGUGAACCUGGACCGCGCGCGACGCCUUGAGGAGGCAGACCGACUGACACUGUUGGGACGCAUGUUUCCAAAGGCGUCCAGUCCCCGCAAUUUGGCCAUCUACGCGCAGCCGCGGCUGCCGCGGCGCUCGAAAAAAGUGCAGCACCAGCAGAGGGAAAUGCAGUACUUGCAGAAUCUGAGACAUGCGCACGGUGGGGAGGCUCAAGCUGCUAAAGCCGGAGAACGAUAG